CGGGGCUGCCGCGCUGGACUCCGCGCCGGGGCCGCCAAUGUGCCUCGGGGAGCUCACCUUCCCCUCCGGGGUUGUGGUUCCGCUUUGCCAGAAGGGACUUGCGGCGAGGACCAUGCGGUGAAGCCGAGCGCCGGACGCGGGACCGCUGCCGCGCACCCACCCCCUUUCCCCUCAGCCUGGAGGGAUCGCCCGGGACUGCAAAGGGAAAGAACAACCCGAGCAGGAGCCUCGCGUUCCCCGCCUUUUGGGAGACUACCUUCUUCGCCGGUCCCGCUUCCCGCAGCAGCCUGCAGCUGCCUUAACGCUAAAUCGCGACAAAACGUGUGCAGCCAAGGGGCUCGAUUGUGUUUCUCGCGUCACCUCCAGACCCGGAGCCUUGCGGCCGAAGGAAAGCGCUUUUUCUCCCCCCCGCCAUCCCGCGGGCACGGAGGGGUCUGGCUCAGCGGAGGAGCGAGCUGGGGGAAGGCUGAAUGCCGGGCCCCGAGGGAGGAGGGCUGCGGCAGGCAGCCCAGCUGGAUUUUCCUCCCUUCGCCGACGAGUAGGACGUGGAGAUCGGCUUCGCAGGGACGAGGAGCGCGGCCCUCCUGCUUGCUCCCACCCCGCGGGGCUGGGGAGGGCGCGGAGCCGGGCCCGCAGCCCCUCGACCCCCUGCCCUGCGGGGCUGCCGCCCUCCGCCCGCUGGAUUUGCCAUUGCUGGUGGUGACUCCUUGGAAAGAACGCUGUGCUCCGCUCCGCGCCCCGGGGCUGCCCGCCCCGCCGGGGCACCGAGAGGGCCGGGGGGGCUGGCGGCGUUUCCGAGCCGUGUGGGGAAAAGGGGGAUUGCUGAGAUGUGGGGAGGCAGCGCUGACAUUCACUGCCUGCCCUGGCUGCGGAAACGUAUGAGGUCUCCCGCCGUCUUUGCUGAUUUCAGAUGCAUGCCAGGUCCCCACUGAAUGCCAGAAGUAGAGAUCACUACAGAUGGAGCCCCAAAGUCCACAUGGCAGCGGUGGGUCCCUAGUGGUGGUGAUUCAGCAGCCUUCCUUGGACAGCAGGCAGCGGCUGGACUAUGAGAGAGAGAGCCAGCCCACGACUAUCUUGUCACUGGACCAGAUCAAGGCCAUCAGGGGCAGCAACGAGUACACCGAAGGUCCAUCUGUGGUGAAAAAAUCCGGGCCGCGGACAGCACCGAGGCAAGAGAAGCAUGAAAGGACUCACGAAAUCAUACCAAUUAAUGUGAAUAAUAAUUACGAACACAGACCCAGCCACGUGGGGCACGUGGCACAUCAGCAUAACGCCAGGGCUCCUGUCUUGAGCAGAUCGACCAGCACGGGGAGCGCGGCCAGCUCUGGGAGCAACAGCAGCGCGUCCUCCGAGCAAGGGCUGCUGGGGAGGUCACCUCCAUCCCGGCCGGGCUCCGGCCACAGGUCUGACCGGACAAUCCGGACGCAGCCCAAGCAGUCGUCUUUGCUUGUAGAUGACCUGAAAGGUCCUUUGAAAGAGGACUUGACGCAGCACAAGUUUAUCUGCGAACAGUGUGGGAAGUGCAAGUGCGGCGAGUGUACGGCCCCCCGGGCGCUGCCCUCCUGCCUGGCCUGCAACCGGCAGUGCCUGUGCUCGGCCGAGAGCAUGGUGGAGUACGGCACCUGCAUGUGUCUGGUCAAAGGGAUCUUCUACCACUGUUCUAACGACGAUGAAGGGGACUCUUACGCGGAUAAUCCCUGCUCCUGUUCCCAGUCACACUGCUGUUCUAGGUACCUGUGCAUGGGAGCCAUGUCCUUGCUUCUGCCUUGCCUGCUCUGCUACCCUCCCGCGAAAGGAUGCCUGAAGCUCUGCCGAGGGUGUUACGACCGCAUCAAUCGUCCGGGUUGCAGAUGCAAGAACUCAAACACAGUCUAUUGUAAACUGGAGAGCUGCCCCUCUCGGGGUCAGGGCAAGCCCUCAUGAUUUUUUGGAGGGAGGUUUACUUCCUCCAACUUCAGUUUUUCAGGUUGUAGCUGAUUAUUUUCUUCUUUUUUUCCUUCCCCCCCAGUUUUGGGAGGGGAUUGUUCUUUUGCUUUCCUUUCUGUUUCCCCAACUUUAAACACAUAAGUUCUUCCCCUUUGCAUCUUUGCUUUCCUACUGACUUGGCUGAGUGUGGAGCAUUUUGUGUAGCCAUUGCUGCUCUUUGGUAAGUGUGGACCUGGUACCUGCAUCUGCCGCUCACUUUGGCAGCAUCUUUUGAGUUUGUAACUGAACCACUCCUGAAAGAGACAGUGAGGGCUCACUGGGCUCUUGAAGCUUCUUGCUCUGUCAAUGUCUUCCCAAAGAUGUUUUUUUUUUCUCUCAGCAAUGCUAUUUUUAUUUUUCCUUACCCCCCACAUACCAAGGAAGAGUAACUUCCUUGAGUCAGCUGGGUUGUGAAACGACUUCCUGUGCAUGUUCUUUCUGGAGAGGGAUGUAAAAUAAAGGCUUUACCAAAUGAAAGGCCUGACUCUUUUCUAAGCAGCCUGCUUUUUUUUUUCUCCCCCCCCCUCUUCUUUCCUGUUUUUCCCCCCCCUUUCUCUUUUUUGUCUUGUGGAACAUUCUCAGUCCUGAGAACUACCCUGCCUUUUUUUUUUUUUUUUUUCUUUUUUUACAUUUUCAAUGUAACUUCAGUUUUUGCUACAGUAUGUAGAUCUUCACAUUGGAGACAUUAUGGCUGCAACAUACUCAUUUGUUUCUUUUGCUGUCAAAUCUUUGAAGGAUAUUGCUUACUCCACCCUCCUACUCCUGUUUUUAUAAUCUUACCAGUAUCAGUUGGUGUUAAAGUUGGUGGUGUUCAUAUAUCCAAACAACCUUUGGGUGUCAUUGAGUCACCUAAAUGUUCUUGAAUCCUUACAGUUUCUUGUGAUCCUUUGGUUUAGUGAAUUUAGCUCUGCUCUGUACUUUAUAAUUUUAUUCUGUCGCUGUUUUAUUGCCUUAGCCACAAAUUGUGGUCCUUUUUGUAUAUUUUAUGUAUAAAACACAAAGUUGAAUCCCAACUAUUUUUAAGACAAAAGUCUGUUAAAACUUUUUUUAUUGUAAAGAAUAUUUAUUAUGUGAAUCUCUAUUAUUUUAUGAUAUUUAUUGCAAAAGACUUGGAAAAUGUACUCAUGUCUGAAUAUAACAAAAUAUCAAUACUUAACGAAAUAAGGAUGACACAAAGAAAGUACAUAUGUUAACUAUAAUGCAGAAAAUAUAUUAAUUAAUGAAAA